AUGGUCGUCGGGCAUGUGCUCGGCUACGCCAUCGGAGCCGCUGGCGGCUUCCGCCGCCGCCUCCCAGAGAAGAACGAGCUCGACCACCUGUAUUUUGCGGUGAGGAGGAGGACGACAACCGACAUGACUACUCGAUCUGCAUUGCACAAGCACAUGACUGCCGCCACCAGCGUCGGCACCCUGAACCGCUCCGCCGCCAAGAACCCGACUUCUCGCAGCCUCGUGAACAUGCCCUUCUCCAGCCCUCUCCGUCACGCACCUUGCCAGAAAAUCGCCCGACCCCCAACGCCGCCUUUCGUUGGAAAGCCCGCUACCCUGCCUUCGCCAGGCUGCAUGCUGAUCUCGCAAUCGAAUUUCUCCGCCAGCCGUGAGAAAAAGGCUCGGCUUUUUCGAAUCGGGACGAAAAAUGGGGCCGAUGAAGAUGGGAUCGAGGGUCGUCACCUCCAGCAGCCAGGUGGCGGCGACAACUUUCCUCCUCCCCCAUGUCCCGCGCCACGUCCUCGUCGCCCUCAGCAUCGAGAUCUUCAAGGCUGUCGGAGAGCGCUCGCGCGGCGACUCCCUCAACAACGUCUCCUUUCUGCUCCGCUCUAA